AUGAACAAACUAUUGGCAUUUGUUGCAGUAAUUGGAAAGGAUAAUAGGCCAAUAGUUCUUCAAGAUUUUCGCAAUAAUAAAGAAAUUACAAUGCACUUUGUAGUUCAUUCUUCUUUGGACAUAAUUGAUAGAAAAAUCAGCAUAAUAAUAAAAUGGUAUAUUUCAAUUUUUCCUAGCGAAAUUUUCUCCUCAGUUCAUUUAUUAUUAGGUACAGUUUUUCCAAGAGAAUCCAUUCAGAUAUACUAAAUUCCUAUGAAUAGUCCAUAAGAGUGUGAAUUGCCUUCUAAAAUUGCAAUUUUGUCCGACCAAAAUUUAUACCAAAUUCGAAUUUCAUCGACAAAUUCACCUGCUUAUGGGGUUAUUAAAGCGAAUUUUAUAUAUAUCAGGUAAAUAACUAGGGGUGCACAGCCUCCUGACUUGAUUCUUUUGUUACUUGGAGAGCUUAGGGUUUAUUCGCUUAGCAUCCCAAGGAAGGUGGCCUUUAAGCGAAAUACGCACAGGAGCCGAGCUGCGAGAUGCUCAGCUGGACUGGCAAUCUUCCUUUGAUAUCUGCCAAUAUGGUGCGCGAUUUUAAGUAGCCAAUUGUCCAUAAAUCAUUAGCUCGGCCUAGUUUUUUUGAGGUACUUGACAUUAUAUAAAAACCGAAUAAUUUAGUUUAAGAUAGAAAAAUCAACGAAAUUAAAGAAAGUGGAGAAUACAAUAAAAAUUACUUAGGCUACUUAGGUCCUGCGCUUUUAGGAGAAGGAGAUUAUGCAUUAUAUGGCUGGAUAAGUUACACAGGGGUUAAAUUUAUUGCUGUUCUUAAAGAAAAUUACGAGCAAAGAAAUGAUGAGAAAAUAAAAGGGUUUAUGCAAAAAAUUGAAGUGCUGUAUACAAGGACAAUUUCUAACCCUUUUCACUUUGCACAAGAUUUUUCAGGGCCAUCCUUUACUAAUAAACUGCAGAGGCUUGGAAAUGAAUUAUAA